AUGAUGCUCAGCGUGGCCUCACUUGUUUGUUUCCUGCUGCUUGUCGACACGAAGGCGGAUCAAAAAGGUGUAAAAUGCGGCGGCAUCCUCUCUGCGCCAUCCGGCAACCUGUCCAGUCCAAAUUUCCCGGGCCUCUACCCGUAUAACAUCCACUGCUCCUGGCUCAUUGUGAUGCCGGAAGGUUCCUCGGUGCUGCUUACCUUUCAUCACUUUGAGCUGGAGUACCACACCCGCUGCGCUUACGACCAUGUGAAGAUCUACAACGGCGUGGCCGGCGACGAGGGCAACCUGCUGGGCACCUUCUGCGGCGACGCCCCCCCACCGGCCUUCUCCUCAUCCUGGAACGUCAUGUCGGUCAUCUUCCGCUCAGACCGUCACGUGGCGCAUACAGGCUUCAGUUUGGGCUACAGGAAAGACACGUGCGGCGGGGUGCUGACGGGACUGUCGGGCGUCAUCUCCAGCCCGGGUUACCCGGCGGAGUACAGCAACGACGCCGACUGCACGUGGCUUAUCCACCUGUCCAACAGCAGCGCAGUCACUCUUCUCUUCUUGGACUUCCAGAUGGAAAACAACGAGGGCUGCCACUUCGACUACGUGGCCCUGUUCGACGGGCCCACCGUGUCGCACCGCCACCUGGGUACGUACUGCGGGGCCGACAAGCCCCCUGCCGUCGUCACCACAGCCAGCCAGCUGUUGCUCGUCUUCAAAUCUGACUUCAACAUCGGGGGGCGGGGAUUCAAGGCGUACUACUUCUCAGGCGAAUGCCAGCAAGUGCUGUCAGACGUGGGCGGCAAUUUCAGCAGCCCCAACUUCCCGCAGAUCUACCCAAACAACAUCAACUGCCACUGGAGUAUCUCGCUGGCAGCCGACUACCGCAUCAAGCUCUUCUUCCCCGUCAUGGACCUGGAAGGCCGCAACAGCCUGACGGACACAUGCGACUAUGACUGGGUGGCCGUGUAUGACGGCGACGGCCAGGAGGCGGAAGGGCUGAUGGGACGCUGGUGCGGAGGCGAAAAGCCGACUUCGCUUGUCUCCCGGGGCAACAAGAUGCUGGUGGUGCUGAGCACGGACAGGGACGAGGCGCACAAAGGCUUCACCGCUUCUUAUCUCGGAGUGGUGCCCAUGAACGUGAGCUGCACCAGGUCGGAGUUCACCAUCCUGAUACCCCAGCAGUCGUUACCGCAGCUGGAGCGCGAGCGCAUCUACCUGGGCAACCCGUUGUGCACCGCCCAGCUGACGGCCACCUCUUACAAGAUCCUCGCCCAGUUCGUCAACUGCGGCACGGCCAGUCAGAAGCACCACAACGUCACCAUGCUGGUCAACAAGCUCUACAUCGACUUCUCCGACGGAGAGCGGCGCAACGUGCAGGAGUACAAGGUGCAGUGCGACGCCAUGCGCAAGGUGGCCUCUGCGUCCAUCGUCUCGGCCGAAGAACGCCGGCUGGAGCAGGAGGCCAGGCGGGGAGACGCCGCCGGCGGAGGGGGAGAAGCGGGGCGUGCCGAUGCCAAACCCCGCGACCUCAGCGAUAUCGUUUUCAUCAGCAUCUGCGUCCUGGCUGUCAUCCUCAUGGUGAUUGCCAUCGUCUGGCUCGUGUUGCUUUAGCCACAACAUUAGGUACAAUUACUGCUGUCAGUGUCAGUCAAGAGGGAUGCAGUAUGAAGUGGAGUGACACGAUUGAUGAAGCUGUAUUAAAGUGGUCA